AUGUUGUGUCGGGCCGCUCAACGGCGACAAACGCUACUCCAAUUAGGCAGAUCGUAUGAGCACCUAUCUUCCCCGUGGAUUUCCUCUGUGUACCCGCGAUUGAAGUGCCAAUCGAGCAGAAUUCAAACUUUGUGUCGACCGGUUAUCCUGCCAACACUCGAGGCUCCCAACUCCCUAUCCUUACAAUCCACCCGUUCAUUAGCGACAGCGACAUCAGAUAUCAAUAUUCCGUUCGAGGGCCUACCAUAUGGGCAUGCAGAGAUCCACUCGCCUCUAAAUGUCUCCCCUCUUUCGAAUUCGCCAUGGAACGAGCGGCUUCCUUAUCCGGAGCCCGACGACAUCGAUACCUCUUCAGUCAUCAUACGAAAGGAUUUCCUAAUCAGCCGGCCACCUUCUGUUAGAAGAUCUAAUGGAAUUGGAGGCGAGCUGAGUGAGAUGCUUGCAAACUUAGAUGUCAGUCUCUCAGCUGCUAUGUUUCGUCGCUCGGAGAUUCUGAUUCAUCGUGUCGCCAAACUCAUUGGGUACGGUACGCCGGAAGUCCUUGACCUUCACAACAAAUAUCUACGUUCAAUGAUCUCGCAUAUGAUUGUCCACCGACGCUACGGGAUGGUGUGGUGGGCGCAGAAAUGGUUUGAAGUCGACAUGAAGUAUGCUUUUGCGGAACCGGAUGCCAUAACCUACGCCUUGAUGAUUAAGAUGGCGCUACGGAUGUUAUUUGAGAAUAAGCAGAAACGAACAGUGAGGAGGUAUUGGAAUCUUGCAAAGGAUGCAGAGAUUGAAGAGGAAGUGUUGGGUCUUCCCAUAUUAUCGGAAGCGGACUUGGGGCUGCUAUCAGAGAUAUGUUCCGAAAAUGCUUAUAAUGACUCAACCAUGCCCGACGAAUCCUCCAUCGAACCGGACGAAGACUUUUCUAAAGUUAAACCGAAGCUGCACCCUCCUGACGAUAUUGCUAUUGUUCGCCCUACCGAUCAACGAGGACUUGGCCUCAGUUCGCUGAGAGAGACUUUAUCUAUUUUUGACUCGGAACAAGCGGUUCCAAGACCACCCGAUUUGACUGGUUCCCAAGAAGAACAGGAUCUGGCUUAUGCGCAGAUGAGGCAACGUCGCCUAGAAUCAGAUUGCGUCGAGUCAGCUAUUGCCCGUUGGAAGAAGGAAAGCGAAAUGCUGCACAGAGUUGGAGUCAAUCCUAUUCCCAGCAAGCCGAUGGGCGCCUUUCUAUACGAUUGGCACACACAGCUCAUGUCAAGGAUAAAUGAGGAGCUGGAACGUAUCGAGGAAUCUGAAAAGAAGUCGCGCAUGUCGCCGGCGGACAGCCAACGGGUAGAAAUAUCUCCAUAUCUGAGAGCGAUCAAGACCGACAAACUCGCCGCCCUGACUAUUCUUAGCACUUUUAAUGCUCUCAAUAAAAGUGGCGUGGAUAAGGGGGUAAAGUUGACAGGGCUCGUGAUGUACGUGGGAAAGGCAGUCUACGACGAGUACUUGGCGAUGCAAUUGCGUGAAUUGGAGAAAAAGUCUAAACCUACAAAGAAAACCUCGGCCCUCAUCGAUAAGCUUGUCCACAAGGGCACAAGAAAGGCCCAAGUUCAAUGGCGACGAAUAAUUGCGAGAUUUGAGCAAAGCCAAAGGCCAGUUGAUUGGUCACCCGUUGUUCAAGCCAAAAUUGGAGCUUGCCUUGCGUCAAUGCUGUUGUCGACAGCAACUGUUCCUGUUCCUACCAAAGAUCCGAAAACAAACCACCAAAAGCAGACUGACCAAGCCGCUUUCAGACGUGUUUACCAAUUGGAACGUGGGUUUAGAGUUGGCUAUGUUCAUGCCAAUGACUAUAUCGUAGAGAAAUUACGCCGAGAACCUCUCGGUGAAUUGUUAGCGAAACACUUGCCCAUGGUCUGUCCUCCACGCCCCUGGACCAGUGCUCGAGGAGGUGGCUUUCUCGAAUAUCCGUCGACAGUCAUGCGAGUCAAACAAGGGGAUAUCUCUCAGCUGAGUUAUGUGGAAACCGCAGCAGCCCGUGGAGACCUGGAUACUGUCUUUGCUGGAUUAACCGUCCUAGGAAAAACUGGCUGGAAAAUCAACCGAGGGGUCUUGAAUGUGAUGCUCGAGGCCUGGAAUAGUGGCGAAGAAAUUGCUAACCUUGCUCCUGAAAAUCCAAAUAUCAUCGAACCAGAAAAGCCCGACACGGACGACCGAGAUAUCCUUAAAGAUUAUUAUCGGGCAAAAAUGCAUGCCACUAACGCUCGUACAGGAUACCAUUCACAGCGAUGUUUCCAGAAUUUCCAAUUAGAAAUUGCUAGAGCGUACAGGAACGAAACCUUUUAUCUCCCCCACAACUUGGAUUUCCGUGGCCGCGCAUAUCCGAUGCCACCAUACUUUAAUCAAAUGGGUGCCGAUCAUUGCCGUGGUCUUCUCUUGUUCAGUAAAGGUCGCGAAUUAGGCGCAAGCGGCUUGAGGUGGCUAAAAAUUCAUCUUGCGAAUGUGUUUGGUUUCGAUAAAGCUAGUUUCCAGGAACGGGAGCAGUUUGCAAUGGACCACCUGGAAGAUAUCAGAGACUCCGCCAUUAAUGGCUUAAAGGGCAAAAGAUGGUGGCUUGAUGCUGGAGACCCCUUUCAGUGUCUUGCAGCCUGUAUAGAAUUGACAAAUGCGAUGGCACUAGAAGACCCAACCAAAUUUGUCUCCCACCUGCCUGUUCAUCAAGAUGGUUCUUGCAAUGGUCUUCAGCAUUAUGCUGCCCUGGGAGGUGAUGUUAUCGGCGCCCAACAGGUGAACCUUGAGCCUUCCGAUCGCCCCUCGGAUAUUUAUACCGGCGUUGCAGAACACGUCAAACAAUCCAUUCAAAAGGAUGCAGCCAAGGGGAAUGAAACUGCAAAACUACUCGAAGACAAAAUCACCAGGAAAAUUGUGAAACAAACGGUUAUGACCAACGUUUACGGUGUCACAUUCCUCGGGGCGAUCCGGCAGGUGCGGAAACAACUGGUGGAUCAUUAUCCUGACCUCUUGCAUUCUGGGGUUGCAGGUGAAUGCGCCACAUAUAUCGCAAGAAAGAUAUUUGUUGCAUUAGGUUCGAUGUUUACUGGUGCCCACGACAUCCAAUUUUGGCUUGGUGAUUGUGCAAAUCGUAUCAGUCAGUCCUUGAGCCCUGAGCAAAUCGAGGCCCUUUCAGACGAACGGAACCUCAAGGUAGUGGGGAGAUUCCAAGGUGCAAAAAAGUUGGCAAAAAAUAUCAAGGAUCCCAAAUCCCACUUCAAAUCUACCGUUGUCUGGACAACUCCCUUGAAACUCCCAGUUGCCCAGCCCUAUAGAGACGCUGCCUGCGUCAAAGUUUUUAGCGAUUUGCAGCAGCUUAGCAUCCGGAACCCUCAGGCCAGUGAUGUCGUCAACAAGCGCAAACAACUACAGGCGUUCCCUCCCAAUUUCGUCCAUUCCCUUGACGCUACUCACAUGUUUCUUUCCGCGGUCAAAUGCGACGAACUCGGUCUCUCAUUCUCUGCUGUCCACGACUCCUUCUGGACUCACGCAGCCGAUGUCGAUACCAUGAACCGUGUGCUUCGUGAUGCCUUUGUUCGAAUGCACUCCGAAGAUAUCAUACAGAGACUGGCUUCCGAAUUCAAAACUAGAUACGCAAACCACAUGUAUCUAGCCCACGUUCAGCCUAAUACGCAACUGGCAAAAGCGAUAUCGAAAUGGCGCAAGACUACCAAAUCAGCAAAUAGCAAGCAGGCCCAACUGGAUGAACUUGUUAAUGAGUAUAGGCGACUGAAACUCCUGCGAUCCAACGACCCGAAGUUGCAGACCCAGGGCCGUGAAAUGGUCACAGCUGGAAAAUUCGUUGCAGAGCUCCAGGAUGCUGAGUCCUCACUUGCCUCAAUGCAAUCUCUCGGUGUAGCAGGCAUCGGACAAAUUCCGCCGGACGAAUCCGUAAAGCCCAAGGGGGACCGAGUAGUCACUUCGGAAGACCCCUUAGAUGAGCUUGAAGAAUCGCUUGUGGGUGAUGCACUGAGAGUUGAUCCUUCCAACCAGCCGGACGAGCUCUCAAUGGACCAGGGUCUCGAUGUUGCAGCAUCACCAAGCACAAAGCCGAAGGCCAAGUCUAAACCUGCCCCUAUUUGGGUUUGGCUGCCGUUGACCUUCCGCGCUGUUCCCACAAAGGGCCAAUUCGACGUCACGAAACUGAAAAACAGCGAGUAUUUUUUCUCAUAA